UAAUAAAUUGCGAGGAAAAAGAAGAGUUAAGAAAAGAAUAUAAAGAAGAUAUUAAGUAUUGGCAACUUAGUAAAGAAAUAAUUGUGCGAAUAAAAGAUUUAGAAAAAAAUUUUAAACGCAAUGAAACUAGUAGAAAACUCGACUUGACUAUUGAACAACAAUCUUUGCUAGAAGAAUUAAUUCCCAACUCAGAAUAUGAAGUUAAUGGUUAUUUGAAAAAAAAUGCUGAAUUUGUUAGACAAGUUAAAGUUUAUGAAGAAUUCCAUAAACAGAAUAAUUUGUUUCGAAAAAUUUUAGAGAUUUCUCCAGAAAAAAGCCCGGAAUUGACAGAAGAAGAAAGUUCAAAAUUUGCUGCUUUGCAAACCCAUCCUCAAGCCAUCUAUACUAGCCGAUUACUGGCCUUCAAUAACCUGCCUGAGCCACAAAACAGUGAAGAAAUCAACAACGAAUUUUAUAAUUCUUCUAAGCAAAUUGAUUUUGCAAUUAAUUUCGAUGAUUUUAUUAAAACUCAAACUCUUCCAAAAAUCAAUAAGCAAGAGGUAGUAAACCAACUGGAUUUGCCUCAUAAACAAUUUUCCCAAUUUAAAAUUUUAGAAUUAACUCAGUUUAUGUUUACCCGAGAGGCUUCACAACAAGACAUAUCAGCAGCAAUAAGUUUCCCAGUAUUAUUAAGUGAAUUGACUGGUUUUGCGGGAGGACAAUUGGGUAGUCCUAAUCAUGGUUAUAUUAAACCUUUAGUCAGAGAUUUAUUGCAACAAUUACAUCAAAACAAUAAUCCGGAUUUAGAAAAAUAUUUGCAUUACAAAUUGAAAGCAGACGAAAAGAGAUUUUUCGCUCAUUUGCCGCCCAACUUCCCAAAAGCAGAGUUGGAUAGAGCCAAACGAGUUUAUGCUGGAAUUUUGACGGCGAAUUAUUCCGGAAUUAUUUUUGCCCGCUCGUGGUGGAAAACCGAUGCAGGAAAAGCCAUUUAUUUUAUGCUUGAUUUAGAAACGAGUCCGAAAAAAAAUUACUUCCAAGAAG